AUGACUGCACUCCAAGUGCUCCAAGAAGCGGCGGGCACUAACACGGACCGGACGGUGUACGGGGCGGCGUCGGCGAGCGCCUCCUCCUUCGUCGUCCACCACACGCAGCAGAUCUCCAAGGCGGCGGUGGCGGGCGACGCCGAAAACAUGAAAAGCAGGCGCGCAACCAAGGAGCGUACCGACUGGAUCAACAAGCAAAAGAACAAACAAGCAAGCGACAAACGGCUUCUUGUCCUCGGCCCCAGUGGGGGGAAGGUGUCCUUCCAGCGCGUGCACGCUUCUGACGCAAUGCGCGUCACAAACUGCCUCGGAUUGGCUGCUGGCACUCUCGAGGCUAAGUAUGCCUACACAGCCUCGCGCGCAUGGGCAGUCAAGAGGGACCAUGCACCUUCUCAGGACAGCGCCGCUCUGAACUGCGCCUCACCACUGACCGGGAAGGCCGCCAAGUGGGUCAGCACCGGUCGCACAUUGUGGCAGCAGUCAGCAGCGCAUGUCUGA